UUCGAAUGUAAAACAAAUUGUAUCUGCGCCUCAAAGUCACGACUUUGAAACUGUGAGUGAAAGCGCCAAAGCUAAAUCGCAGUUCGAGUAAUGUUAAAAGGAACUUAGAUCCAUAAUGAGAACGGUAGCAUAUCAGCAGCAGCAAAUCAAAGAUAAACGCAGCAGCGACAAUUACAAUCGUUAUCGAAACACCAAUCGCGCCACUUACAAUCAGAGCAAAGUGCUGAGCAAGUUUGAAAAGCAGCAACAAGUGCUGCAGCUCAAGUUAUCCGUCUAUCGAUCCACAUACAGUCGAAAGCUGGCGCUGUUCAAUCGAAAUAAUCUCUUAGCAGGAGCUGGAGGUGGCCGCCUCGUGGGAGCCUUUCGACUGCUAUUGCUUUUGCUGUUCCUGCUGAGCAAUUGUAUUGAUAUUUCCGUUUCAAACAAAAUCUCCUCAGUGGGCGCCUUCGAGCCGGACUUUGUCAUACCGCUGGAGAAUGUGACCAUCGCCCAGGGACGGGAUGCGACAUUUACCUGUGUGGUCAACAAUUUGGGUGGUCAUCGGGUGAGUGGUGACGGUUCGUCAGCCCCAGCCAAGGUUGCCUGGAUUAAAGCCGAUGCUAAAGCGAUUCUCGCCAUACACGAGCAUGUGAUAACCAACAAUGAUCGAUUGUCUGUUACCCAUAACGACUUCAACACUUGGACAUUGAAUAUACGCAGCGUUAAGAUGGAGGAUUCGGGCAAAUACAUGUGCCAGGUGAACACCGAUCCGAUGAAGAUGCAAACGGCCACGUUGGAGGUUGUCAUACCGCCGGACAUCAUCAACGAGGAGACCUCGGGCGACAUGAUGGUGCCCGAGGGUGGCUCGGCCAAACUUGUCUGCCGCGCUCGCGGUCAUCCCAGACCCAGGAUCACCUGGCGCCGCGAGGAUGGGCGCGAGAUAAUCGCACGCAAUGGCUCGCAUCAUAAGUCGAAAGCUAUUUCAGUUGAAGGUGAAAUGCUGACGCUGUCGAAAGUCACGCGAUCGGAAAUGGGCGCCUAUAUGUGCAUCGCCUCCAACGGAGUGCCGCCGACUGUGAGCAAGCGCAUGAAGCUACAGGUGCACUUUCAUCCGCUGGUGCAAGUGCCAAACCAAUUGGUUGGCGCUCCGGUUCUAACGGAUGUCACAUUAAUUUGCAACGUUGAGGCAUCACCAAAGGCCAUAAAUUACUGGCAACGCGAAAAUGGUGAAAUGAUUAUUGCUGGAGAUCGCUACUCCCUCACCGAAAAGGAAAACAAUAUGUACUCCAUUGAGAUGAUAUUGCAUAUUAAGCGUCUGCAGCUCACCGACUUUGGCGGCUAUAAGUGCAUAUCGAAGAACAGCAUUGGCGAUACCGAAGGCACCAUACGCCUAUAUGAUCUCCUUGCAGAAAUGGAGCGUGAAGAGGCCAAGGGCCACAAGAAAAUUGUACGCGGUGGUGAGGAGGCCAAUGAAGUGGGGCAGAAAACCAACGAGGUGGUGGUCAAAGACAACCAGAGACCAGAGGAUGGCUCACGCAACCAAAACGGGCGUCUGUACAAGGAGCGCAGCCCGGAGACGGAACCAGCGGCCACCAGCGCUGGCGAAAGCGCCACAGCAGUGAUGAGAACAAUGCAGCUAAUAAAGAUAUUUGUAUUAGCUGCAUGCGUAUUAGUGACAACAAUGGGAUGUCUGACCAAGGGACAGCCAGCAGCCGAUGCUGAUGCCGGUCCUGGCGCAGGAGAAACAAUGACAAUGGACGACAUGAGUCGGGCGCUUGGCAACAAUGUAAACCGAAGCAAGGGCGCUGACAACAACAACAACAACAACAACAACAACAUUGUGAAGAGCAACGCUGAACUAUUAGUGUUAUAAUUAGUUAAUUAAAUUGUUCAAAUAAGACGACAUCAAGGAAAACACGAUCUACAGGACUACAGAACAGCCAAACGCCAAAAGUAUCAAAAAGAAAGACACUUAUGAUUGGCCCCUACCCCUCACACACACUCAAAAUCACAAUGAAAUGAAACACACAAAAAGUAAUGAAUGUAAACUUCUAAGUAGUUAAGAUAAACGCGUUUAAAUGUUACCUCGUUAGUGAAAAAAAAACAAAACAAAAGAAAACAAAACAAAAUACAGUAAAUGUCAACAAUAUGGUGUUCGAUUCUAUGGAACGGCUUUAGCUAUACUAUACAUGAAGAAGAAGAAGAAAAGAAAAUCUUAGGCAUACAUAUUUAUAUAUUGAUGACUUGACUACAUGAUAUGUUACAUAUAUACACUUUAGACAAAUGGAAUCACAUAAGCUUAUAUGAUAAGUGGAGUUAAACAUUGAUUUAAAGUUAAUUGCCGUUUGUGUUUGUUUGUUAUCGAUUGAUUAGGAUUAUGCAUUUUGUCAGCGAUUCUGUAUAUAAAUUGAAGAUUAAAUCGAACGAAGCGACAUAUGGCUAUGGCUAAGGGUGUAAAUAUAUUUGCAGCUGUGCAGCAGGUGUGAUCACUAAAUUAAUUCAUUUCGAUAUAAUUGCGAUAAGUUCGACUCUAAAUUAAUUAUAUUGUAUGUAUAUCGAUUAUAUAGUUGCCUAUAGACUUAAGCUUACGACAAUUGCAAACAAAAUUGCGCUUCAAUCCAACUCUCCCCCCUACCCCCUAUCACCUAAAUUCAAUACCGACCUAUACCUACUAUAAGGAUAACGAUAACGAUUAUAUGCUACUAUGCCUAUGUACAACGUGUAUACAGAAUGAAUAUAUAGCAUAUAUAUCUAGUAUCUAGUCCUACCCCUACCUAGCUCUACCCCAUCACUGUCUCUCUCUCUCUCUCGCUCUUUCUCCCUCGAACCCUCGGAGCAGCCGUUUAUGUGUAUUGGUGUUGACUCAUCUGUGUGUAUUCAAUAUUCUCAUAUGUGUGUGUGUGCGUGUGUAAAAUUGUGCCAAAUAAACAAGCAACAAAUAAUCUGAAUUAUGGUAUUCAACUUAAAACAAUUAACUUAACCAAACGUAUUCAGUAUUCAAGUAUUCAAAUAUUAAAUGAAACAUAUACAAUUGUAUAUUGUGUAUCCUUUGUCAGGAUAUUGAUUGAUUGACAAGCAAGCGAGCAUAAGCCCUUGCAUUUAACUUAACCUAAACACACACAGCCCCCAGCCCCACCCCCCACAGCAGCAGCAGCGAACUUCAAA